AUGGCCAGAGACGGCGCUCGGUCCUCUUCGCGGUCCGCAAGCCGACUGCUGCUACCGUCGCCGCCGCUGCUGCUGCUGCUGGCGUCGACUUGGCUCCUCCUCGCCGGCCGGGGCGUCGGCGCUCAGAAGGUGCGCGUGGAGGAGGAGUUGGAGGCAUACCCCAACGAGUCGGUGGACCUGCGCUGUCAGUUCAUCGACGGGGGAGGCAAAACCAAACUCACGCAGGUGUCGUGGAUCUGGGAGCCCACUGAAGGCCAGCGCGACAACAUCGCCGUGUACCAUCCCUUCUACGGCCAGAGUUUCCCCAACUUGUCCUUCAAGGACCGCGUGGUCUUCUUAAACAACAACCUGGAGAACCCGUCCAUCCGCAUCUCCGACCUGCGCAUGUCCGACGCCGGCCGCUUCACCUGCGAGUACGCAACCUACCCGUCGGGCAAUGAGCAAGGCACCACCGUUCUCGUCAUGUUGGCCAAACCCAAAAACUCGGCCAACGUGGUGACGGUGCAGGCGGGCACCAAGGCGACGGUGGUGGCGCAGUGCCAGGCGGCCGACGCCAAGCCGGCGGCGACCAUCAAGUGGCUGGCGUCGGUGGGCGGCAACCACACCACCAGCAGCACCAAAGGGCCCGACGGCACCGUCACGGUACGCAGCGAGUACCGGCUGGUGCCCACGCCCGCCGACGACGGCAGGGAGGUGACGUGCAUGGUGGACCAGCGCACCCAGGACAAGACCUGGACGCACCAACUCAAGCUCUCGGUAGAGUACCCCCCCUCCGUCUCCAUUGAGGGCUACGACCACAACUGGUACAUGGGCCGCUCGGACGCCAUGCUGGUCUGCACGGCUGACGGCAACCCACAACCCACCACCGUCACCUGGACCGCGGCGUCGGGCCCCCUGCCAGACUCGGUGCUGGUGGACGGCAACAAGCUGACGGUAAGGAAGGUGGACGACGCUGUCAACACCACCUUCAUCUGCGAGGUCAAGAACAAGCACGGCGCCGCCAAGGACCAGAUCACCACCCUCGUCAUCGAGAAGGAACGUCUCAUGGCGCCAGGCCCGUCGACCGGCGCGGUGAUCGGCGGCCUCCUCGGCGCCCUCGCCAUCAUCGGCAUCGUGGUGGGCCUCGUUUUCUUUAUCCGCAGACGCCAGCGUGACGCCGACGGCCCCCCAAAGCACAAGCCCCCGCCCCCUGUCAAGAGCGGCGGCUCAACGGAGCUGCUCAACAAGCCGUCCGAGGUGCCCUGCGCCACCGAGAUGGCGCCUCUCGCCCCAGCAGGAGACAUCUACUACGAGCCAACGGGAAGCGAGCCUGUCAGGAACUCGAACAGUGAAACUCCCGGCACGCCGAACGGCAGCGGACCUCCACUGCCGGACGCAAUGAACCUGAAUCUGGACCCGGACCUGGACCUGGUCUCGACCAAUCACGAGUCUCCGCCGGUCGCCAACAUCGCUCGUGGCGAGAGCUUUGUUUCGCCUGCCAUGUACGUGUAAGCGUGGCCGGCCACUGGGAGAUCCCCUGCUGUGAGUUUUUUUUUUAAACACUUAUAUUUUUAACACUUUUAACCAACAUCCUUUUUUUAUGUUGCACAGUCUCACUGCUGAGGAUAAGAGUACAGUGUGGGUUAAAGCAGCUGAUUGGCUACUUUUAGGGCUGCUUAAUAUGGCCUUAAAUUACUGUACCUCUUCCCCCCCACACACACACACAAAAAUACAAUUAUCUCAUAUUUUAAUCGCCACCUCCCCCCACUUUUGCUUCUCGAAAAAGCAAAUAACAAUGGCCAAACAAGCUCGCUAAAAUUUUUUUUUCCCCUUUAGAUUACGGUAACUUGCAUCACCUUCUAUAUCAAUGAGACAAACACGUGUCUUUUUCUUUUCAAGUAAUGUGGAAAUAAGUGCUGGUCCCUUUUGUCGAAAGUUUGUCAGCACUAAUUGUGCUUUUGUAAACUAGCUUCUCUCACUUCGCAGCCAUGUUGUUCGUGUAAGCAAUGCAUGUCAAUGGAACUACAUACAGAUAUACAUACAGUAUAUAUGUAUAUGAUUAGAGGUGAGCAUCAAAUCAAUUCAAAUCACCCAGCCCUAACUGCUCGCUAACCUCUUCCAUGAGCUUCUUUCAUGGGAAAAAAAAAAAAUCCAUUCCCAACUCUGAAAAAAAAACUGUCUGCUCUCAUUGUUUUUCUGUUUUGUUUUGGGGGGGUUUAAACACACACACACACACACACACACACGAGCACAUUCAGGUGUCCAUCGCAAGGAAUGUAACACAAAUGUGCAUGUGAAGUUAAUCCCCCUCCAUCAUUGACUGAAAUCUUGAAACGCUGAAUUUACACCAUGCAAAUAAAGUCGGUGUGCCGCCAUCUAGUGGUACAUAUGGAAUUACACCAGAUGUAAACAAUGGUUUCACCAAAAUUAGUUAGUAACCGUGCAAAAAAUAAUAAUAAUCCAGCAAUGGAGGGGGCUUUCUAAACUCACACCGGACACUUCAUUCGUCACACAUUCUAAUAAGAAUUAUCAUAAUUAACAGUAAUGCUAACUUUUAUGCUCUUUGUGUAAUAAUAUGUGAACUGUCCCUUAUAUUUGAGGCUCUCGUAUAUUUGUUUUGAAUGUUUGGAAAGCACAUGCACAGCAAGCACACGACUAAUCAAGUUUUCUUAUUCUUUUUUUUUUCUUUUUGUAACAAUUGUUGCUGAAACCUGAGCAUUAUGUAAAUACAUGCAAAGCUUUCAUUGGAAGGUGUCCCUAAUGAAGUGUCUGGUGAGCAUUUGAGGAGAAAAUACUGCCAUUACCGUGGAUGUCAACGUUGUACAGUACCAAAAUGAUCAACAGUGUAAAUACUACUGCUCAUAUUAAUGAUGAUGAAUGAUAAUUAUUUUGGUGAUCUAUAAUUAUUGGUGUAAAAAAAAAUGAUAGUGGUUCGCAGUGCCUCUCCGGAGGGUGUGCAAGUGCGUGUUUUACUUUUUAAUGAAAACGUCACUGCGCAGCCAAAGGAUGCUGACGACGCAAGAAAAUAUGAAAAAUAAUGCUUCUAAUAAUGAAAUAUGUGAACUUGAAUCAUGUAACUGUGCAUGGCAUGAGGACCAGUUUGUUCCUUCCCAAAGCUCUUUGACUGCAGCGUCAUUAUUUUUAUAAUAUUCACCAAGUCCGAUUGAAGAUGAAAAAGGGAUUUUUUUUUUCAGCAUUCGGUUUUGUAUUUUUUGUUUAGAUUUUUUUUUUUUUACCCACAGUACUUGUCCCACAAGUCACUAGUUAAACUCCAGACAAACUGCUGAAUCAAAUGUAAUGUGCUCACUUUUCAAGGGUGUUUGUGCUGAUUAUGGUGACAAUCAUGUUUGUUGGUUUUGCUGCAUGCUAUGUGAAACACUCCACUUAAAGGGAUUUCUUUCAAGGACACACACACAAAAAAAAGAAAGGGGACAGUGUGUGCAUGUUUGAAUUCAUCGGCACUUGGAUUGGAUCCAAAACGGCAACAAGAAGUCACACUGAUAAGGGAAAGCCAAAAAUAUCGUACAAAGAAUUGUACCUGAUCUCUGUAUUUACUGGAAACAAAUCAUCUUAUUUUUCCAAACUAACAAAUCAUGCCCAAAAAUGUGCAUGACUAAUCGCUUUCAGUAGGCGUAAAACGCGGGAUGUUAGAGGAUUGAGGCAUUCGGUCUCUUUCUAAUCUCGUCGGCAAAAAGAGGCUUAUCUUCCUCUUUUCUCUUCUUAUUUCAAACGUAUGUUUUGUAUGUAUAUUUUUUAAUUGAGUUAUAACUGGAAAAAAAAAACAAAUCAAAGAAAAAGCGCAACAACAAACCUGGAACACAUUGUUUCAGUCAAAAUAUAACAAAAUUAAAACAUUUAAGUGUCUUUUUUGUGCAGGUGGGGAGGAUGUUGUAAUACUUACAAAACUAAAAUUGUAAGAUUAACAGAAUAAAUUAGUUUUUUUUGGGGGGGGGAGUCAUUUGAAAGAUGUCGCAGGUGUCUUCAUUAUGGCUUAAUGAUUUCUGAAAAAUAAUCUAAUUGGGAUUCCUCCCUACCCCCAUAUCGGGAUAGCGAUUUUAUGUGCGAUGACUUUUUCAUGGUCCUCUUCUCAUGUAUUUUUUUUUUUUUUAACAAACACAUGCAAGCCCGAUUCCAAAAAUAACGCAAACUAAUCGGUGGCUUUACCACCUCCACUUUUCAUGUUUAAUCAAACACGUGGACUGCACAAAUUAAACACUGAACUUAUCUCGACACAAUAUAAAUAAAUAAAAUAUUGAUACAUAUUUAAAAAAUAAAUUCAGCCAAUCAAACGACUGCAUUUUUUUCCUCAAAAAAUUGAAUUUGACUACCUUGCCACGGAAAUUUGAAGCUCUCUUGACAUCACACAAAGGAUAAAGUGUUAGCUGUUAGCGCCCCCCCCCCCCAAAACAGCUGUUCGUCACAGAGUCACACGUGCCUUGUUUGCUUUUUAUUAUUAUUAUUAUUGUUUUUACCGGUACCGGUAAUUUUAUUUUUUCAGUCCUUACCACCAACCUACAAUGACCUCGACUGUCACACUGGAGUUCUCUUUCGGAUUUUUUAUUUGUUUUUUGUUUUUUUUGUCAUGUGUUUUGUUUUAUACGCUUUUGGGAGGGGCGAAAUGUUCACGGACAUGUUUUACAAAUCUUUGUCUUGUCAAAUAAAAACAGAAAGCUAA